AUGGAGUUCUUCAACGACGCCGGCGACGAUCCUCUGAAGCCCACGCUCUUUGAGCUCGUUGCGCAGGAGCAACUGCGGGACCUCUUGCAGCCGGCCCUCAAAUAUGUCCUCUCUGUAUUCGCGCAACGAUACCCCCGGUACCUCAUCCGCGUCGUGAACCGGCACGAAGAGUUCUAUGCGCUGCUGAUGUUAAUUGUGGAGAGACAUUACCUUCGGAAGCACGGUGCAUCCUUUUCAGAGAAUUUCUACGGGCUCAAACGACGGCGGCGGCCGCUGUUCGAGACGGAGCGAGCCAAGGCAGCAGUGCCAGGCGUACUGCCCGAGGAGCGACUCCGAGACAGGGAGAUCUUGCGGUCGCUCAUCUUCUUGGUGGGCCUGCCCUUUCUGCGCACGAAGGCGCAAGAAUACUACGAAGACCUCGGUGGGGGGAUACAGUCCGAGGUGAUCGAAGAGAGCUUGGCAAGCCGCACGGCGCGUGCUUUAUCGGAGGAGAGCUUCGCGGGUCGCCUCCGCCGGAUGUACAAAGCGGUGUUUCCGCUUCUUAAUGCCACCUUCGAAGUGUGGCUUCUCGUGCACAACAUUGCGUAUCUGUUCGACCAGACACCGCACUACCGUCCGUGGUUGGCGUGGAUUGGCGUAGACCUGCGGCGGGUGGGCAUCGACGACUUGAGGGCCGCACAGCAGGCGAUGAAACCCAAGCUAGACCCGGCACGCACACAGGGCGUGUUCCGGAGCUUGCGGCGGCUAUUGCUCUCGUCACCCCGGCUCUUGCUGGACUCGCUCAACGUGAUAUUGCCAACGGCAAUAUUCUUCGUGAAGUUCCUGGAAUGGUGGUACUCUCCGUCGUCACCGGCGCGUGCCUUAUCGAGCUCGCCGCUCGGGCCUGCGGUUCCGCCGCCAAGUUUAGCCCGGCCGCACCCGCAGGGGCUAGCGGUGGACGAGAAGGCGUACGGACAGUGCGCGCUGUGCUCGCGGGGGCUGGCGAAUGCGACGGCGCUGCCGUCUGGGUAUGUGUUCUGCUACCGGUGUGCAUACUCGUAUGUAGAGAGGCACGGGCGGUGUCCUGUGACGCUGCUGCCCGCGCGCGUGUGGGAGCUGCCAGCCGGCCAUGAAGGUACACCCGCCCUGCGCGUCGUAUCAGACCACCGCCCGCUCAUUCCCUCUCCGCGCACCCAGUUCGGAAAGCAGAUACAGGUAGAGCAGGUCCCGGGCUGGUCGGCGUACUACCUCGACUACAAGUCCCUCAAGAAGAUCAUCUCCUCGCUCGAGGCAAACCGGCCCCCGUCCGAGGCGGAGGGGAUGGCCCGCAGCGUCCGCCCGGGUGACCUGUUCGGUCGCACGACCGUACCCGCCACAGUAGAACUGAGCGUAUCAACACCGGGCGUGGCAGAGGAGCCAUUUAUCCUCGCCUCGCUUGGCCAAGAUGACGACAGAGGUCCAUAUUUCCAAGCCCACAAGGCCGCUUUCUUCUUCAAACUCGAGCGCGAACUCGAAAAGAUCAACGCGUUUUACCUCGAGAAGGAGGCAGAGCUCAAGCUGCGCCUCGAGACGCUGCUCUCAAAGCGGCGCGCCGCCGCCAUGCGCGUGCUGCCCGAUUCGCCCGACGACAUCACGAACAACGUCGAGUGGAGCGCAGUCGAAGAGGGGUUCCGCCUCCUCGAGCGGGACCUCGGAAAGUUGCAGCAAUUUGUGGAAAUCAACGCCACCGGUUUCCGCAAGAUCCUCAAGAAAUGGGAUAAACGCUCUAAAUCGACCACCAAGGAGCUCUAUCUUGCGCGUCAGGUCGAGGUUCAGCCCGUCUUCAAUCGACAGCUCAUCUCCGAGAUGUCCGAUACGGUCGCUGCCUGCCUCCUUGAUCUCACAGACCUGUCAACAGGCCUCAGCUAUGAAGGCUCACUUGCAGACGAGAAGAUCCUCAGCCGCGAACUCGGCAUCGAGCGCACAGACCGGAACGUUCCCCUCGGGCCCUUCCUUGACCUCGAGAGCAGCCUCCGCAAAGCCGUCGCAGAUCACGACCGCGAUGCGCUCCGCGAGCUCGUGCGCUACUCCGAUUCCCUCUCACAGGCCCGCGGCGCGCACAUGCACGUCACGCGCGUGCUCUGGAAGGCUGUCAUCGACGCGCCGCUCGAUCUUGCGGACCUAAUCCUCGCGUCGACGUCUGGCCCCUUUGACUUCAUGUUCGUUGACGACAUCAACGGCCGGACAUCCCUCCAUGAAGUCGCGAUCGUCGGCGUGCUCAGGCUAGUGAAUAUCUGCCUUGAGAAGGGUGUACAGGCAAACAAGACGGAUGUCUAUGGCCGCUCAGCCUUGCACUAUGCUGCGAUGUAUGGCCACGACGUGAUAUGUAAAAGGCUCAUCGAGGUCGGCCUACCGCCGGAUAUAACUGACGUAGAUAACUGCACGCCGCUCGUGUACGCGACUCUGAGAGGCUUCGUCGGGUGCGUACGGGUCCUCCUCGAGGACGGCAAGGUCUCCGUGCGGAGCUCGACGCCCACUGCAGACCUGAUACCACUCUCGCUGGCCGCACGAGCAGGUCAUAUCGACGUCGUCAAGCUACUACUCGGUCACGGAGCCCCGAGCGUCCCGAACACUAACGGCGAGUAUCCCAUACACCUCGCAGCGCAAGAGGGACACGCGGAGAUCGUGCAGCUACUGGCCAGCCACGAGGGCUGGGAUAUACCGGACAAGUACAACGAGUGGACGCCGCUCUUCCAUGCCGCUCGGUAUGGGCGCGAUGCCUGCCUGAGGGGUUUGCUCGACGUAGGCAGCCGAGUAGAUCGCUUCGACGAGUCGGGCAACUCGGCGCUGUACUACGCUGCCUGGUAUGGGCACCGGCCAUGCGUCGCACUGUUGCUCGAGACUGCAGCCAAUACUACCCCGGGGCCGACACCCAUCACGCAGAAGUCGCCUCUGACGGACACGCAGCGGUCGACGGGGACGGAGUUUGACAUCGACAUUAUCCCGUCGCUCUACCUGCCCCCGCCUAUGAUGCCGUAUCGGGUAUAUGGGCACAACUAUCUGGACAAGACUUCGCUCAUACAGGUCACGAUCGGACACCUCACAUCGCGCUUCGGUACGGAGGCCCCACAGACUGUCUCGCUCCGCCGACCGCUCGCGGGCUCGCAGUACGAUGAGCGGCACCUACACUCGUCCCCGAUGCUCAAGCUCGUCAUGACAGCUACCCCGGCGAUUACAUCGGCACCGUACAGCGUUCCGCUCCCUGUCCGGGACCAGAAGAUCGCAUUCAACUUCCAGGUCUCCUCGGCGAGCACGCUUUCGCUCGAGUUCUCGCUAUACCCGAACUUCGGUACGAGAACAAUAGGGCGAGCGGUGGCGCUGCCGUACUUUUUCCAGGGCAUCCAGAACGGGCAUCCGUUCGUGCUGCCCAUAUUGGAUCCCCGCCUACAUGUCAUUGGAGAGGUAGCGUUUGAGGUGAACAUCAUUACCCCCUUCAGAGGGGUUACGUUAGAGAUUGGGGGAGCUGUCGAAACGUACUGGAAGUCAUUGGCUACGCCUGUGCACACGCCGUCGUCCAAAGUGGUCUCGUCAAAAUCACAGCAAUCGAGGCGAUCGAUGACGUCCGUGCACACAUCGCCAUCAAACCUCUCGACCACAGUGGCGUCUGGACACUCUCUGACGCACUCGUCCGUAACAGGCAGUUACGUUUACGUGACCGUGCAGGUUACGCGCGACUUCCACCCGGUCGCCUUCGCGCAGUGGCCAGUCUCUGAGGAGGGCUACCACUUGGGUGUCGCCGAUCUCACACUGCAAGAGUUUGAGGCGCUGGCCCAGCGUUCGGGGAAAUGCAUGAUGCAAAUGGACAAUCCGGCCCUCUCGCCGCUGCAGUGGUCACAGUUGAUAUCAGGCUGCAUGAUCUCGCUCGCAGAGCUCCUGAGGGUCGUCCCAGCAGUUAUCGGCAUCUGCCUCGAAUUGGCAUAUCCGCCCCAGCGCGUCCGAGAGCGGCUCGCUCUGAGGCAUCAGCUCGACCUGAAUGAUGUUACGGACUCUCUCCUGCGCACGGUCUAUGACACCACGACAGCGCCAGAGGGCACCGCGGGGCGCCGUCCUGUCGUCUUUACGUCGUUCUCGCCGGACGCCUGCGCUGCGCUGAAUUGGAAGCAGCCUAAUUACCCUGUCUUCCUGGCUACGCAAUGCGGCGAGCAGAGUCGCGGGUUGCCCAGCGCUACCGCGCUCGGUGUUGAUGACGUCCGUGAUUACCGAUUUACGAGCCUCGACUCUGCUGUCGACUUUGCGAAGGCGAACAACUUACUCGGUGUCCUAUUGGAUGCGGGGCUUUUGGUGCGAGUCCCCUCUCUGAUCCAGGGUGUGAAGGACCUGGGUCUGCUGGUGGGUACGUUCGGAACCCAGGAGGAAUUGGCCCAGCUACCUACCUCGUCCGGAGCGGACGCGAAUGGCGUGGAUGCGGCCCUGCAGGACGGGGUCUUGACUUACUUCAACUCUUACAAACGCAUACAGUAA